AUUGUGAUUAUUCUGCAUUAACAGAGAAGUUGGUGUGAAGAUGUUUAAGAUUCGCAAAGCAAAGGAAGAGCAACCAACUGCUGCGGGGCAGGUGAAAAUUAAAAAGAAGUCACGGGUGCCUGGAGUUAUGAUCACUCAGUAUGUGGAAGUAUUAUCAGAUGGCAUGAGCACCCCUGAUUUCACUCGGAAACCUAUCGCGCUCACAAUUCAAGAAGGAAAAAUGGCCUUUUUCAGAGCAAUAGUUACUGGUAAUCCAACACCAGUUGUGACUUGGAUGAGAAACAAUGGGGAGAUCGAUGAGGAAAGAUACAAGUUUACAUUUGAUUCAAUUUCUGGUGAACAUCAGCUUCAGAUGCCUGAUGUAUGUGCAGAUCAAGCAGAUACCUACAAAUGUUAUGCCAGAAAUGAGUUUGGAAAAGCAGUUGUAACCGUUACUCUCAAUGUCAUUGAAGUUGGCUACAAGAAGAGUAAAGCGAUGAAAGAAUCCAGAACAGCAAUUCGAGAGUUACCAGAAGACUUCAAAAGGAACUUGAGGAGCACGGUGGACUUUGAGUCGAGGGAAGAGAAAAAGCUAGAAAUCGAUGAACAAUUUUGGGAACUGUUGUUGAGUGCAGACAAGAGAGAAUAUGAGAGCAUCUGUGCACAAUAUGGGGUUACCGAUUUUUGCUGGUUGCUCAAGAAGCUAAAUGAGAAGAAGUUAGAGAGAGAGCAGGAGCAGGAAAAGGUUGUUGAAAAACUCUGUAACCUCAAGCCCAUUGAACUGAAACCUAGUGGUGCAGCAGAGUUUGAACUUGAGAUGUCACUGAAAGACCCCAAAAGCAAAAUUUUCCUAUUCAAGGAUGGAGUUAUGAUUCCUUUUGAUGCUGAAACAGAGGUAAAACAUGGACUUAAAAGAGUAGGAAAGAAGUUUGUGUUCAGCAUAAAUGGAGUUAAUCCUGAGGAUGCAGGAUUAUAUCAAGUGGAAAUCGAUGGAGUCAAGAUAUUCUCAACUGAAUUAAAAAUUCCAGAUGUGGACUUUUUGGUUAAAAUUCAAGAUGUGAACGCAGAGGAAAGAGAGGAUGCUGUGUUCCAGUGUGUGCUUUCACAUCCAAUGAAAAAAAUCUGUUGGAUGGGGAAAAACAACCCAGUGGAGCACGGAGAUAAAUAUGAUGUUACCGUAUCGGACGACAUGCUAAUUCACACUUUAAUGGUGAAAGAUUGCCUGCUACUGGACAAAGGAAUUUAUUCAGCUGUGGCUGGACUUAAAUCCUGCAGUGCCUGGCUCAUAGUAGAAAAUAACAAGGAUCCAAGUAUGGUUGGAAAAAAGAAAGCUCGCAAGACAACUUGUGCAGGCGGUGGUGGAGACGAUGUUCUCAAAGUUGCUCGGGAGCAGCAGGCGAAGUUACAAAAAGAACGAGAUGAGCUGAUUGCAAAAGCAAAGGAAAAGGCAGAGGAAGAGGCAGCAGAGGCGGCAGCGGCAGCAGCAGCAGCUGAAGAACCAGAACCUGUAGAAAUCCCAGAGGUAGAUGCCACACCUAAAACUGAACCUCAACCAAAGAAACAAGCAGAAAUAAAGCCAGAGACAAAAGCAGAAGUGGUAGCAGAUUCUAAACCAAUAGUUGUAGAAGAAAAAGUGAAGGAAGGAAAACCAGAAGAACCUGCACCAGAUUCUGCAAAAGAGAAGGAGGUUGUUGUUGAAGAGAAAGAAUAUGUUCAAGAGAAAAGACAAAGAGAGAGAAGAGGCCCACUUGUCCCUGAAACUGUAACUGACCCAGGAGUUUAUUUUACUGGUGGACUCUCAGACGUAACUGCAGUGAUAGGAAAUGAUGCAGAACUGCUAUGUAAGCUAAGCAGCGAGGACUAUGACGCAACCUGGUACAAAGAUGGAAAAGAGAUAACAGCAACAGAGGACAUUGAUAUUAUUAAAGAGGGGUCUUAUCGGAAACUAGUUAUUAAAAACUGUAAAGAAGAGGAUGCUGGAAAAUAUAAAUGUGAAGCUGAUGGGCGUAAAACAGAAGCUAUGUUGAAUGUUGAAGAUCCUCCAAGAAUCAAUCCUGAUGACCUUGCUGAGUUUAUGAAACCUGUAAUAAUCAAAGCUGGAAAAGAUGCAUCCUUUAAGCUAACAUUUGUUGGACGUGAACCAAUGAAAAUCCAGUGGUACAAUGAUGGGGAAGAGCUAAUGGAGGAGAGCAAUAUUAAGAUUGAGAAGUCUUCCUCCCAUAGCCGCCUAAUCCUAACCAAGUGCCAACGCAGAACAACUGGAGAAAUUAAGAUGAAAAUUAAAAAUGAAUGUGGAAUGAUUGAAGCCAUCACAAAACUCAUUGUCCUAGCUAAGCCAACACCACCACAAAGCCCUGUCGAUGUCAUUGAAAGCUCUUCAUCUUGCAUCGAGUUCAAAUGGAGACCUCCCAAAGAUAGUGGCGGUUGCCCUGUAACCAACUACAUUAUGGAGCGCCAGCAAAUUGGACGCAACAGCUGGCAAAAGUUGGGUAAGAUUGGUCCAGAGCCCAAGUACAGGGACACAGAUGUAGAUCAUGGCAGAAAAUACUGCUACCAUAUCAGGGCUGAAACUGAACAAGGCAUUAGUGACAUGAUAGAGACUGAUGACAUCCAGGCUGGAACAAAGGCAUAUCCUGGACCUCCCUCAACACCAAGAAUUGUCAGUGCUUUCAAGGACUGUAUAAAUCUCGCUUGGACUGCACCGGCAAAUACAGGAGGAGCAAACAUUUUGGGUUACAAUGUGGAGAAACGCAAGAAUGGGAGUAAUCUGUGGGGCACGGUCAACCCACCAGAUGAGCCCAUCAAAGCAAAACAAUAUGCAGUAAAGGAUGUUGUUGAAGGUAUAGAGUACGAGUUCAGAGUAUCAGCUAUCAAUAUGUCCGGAGUUGGAGACACAAGUCAACCCUCAGAAUUUGUGAUUGCCAGAGAUCCAAAAAAACCUCCUGGUAAAGUUACUGACCUGAAGGUGAUGGACUCGACCUACUCCACCUUAUCGUUGAGCUGGACCAAACCAGUAGAAGAAGAAGGUGUCCAAGAUGAGGCUAAGGGAUACUUUGUGGAAUUACGACCAGCUGAAAGCCCUGAAUGGGGCCGAUGUAACACGAGCCCCAUUGUUGUGACCACAUUUACUAUUGUGGGUCUUAAGUCAAUGGCAAUGUACUGGGUAAGAGUUGUGGCCACCAAUGAAGGUGGAGACGGUGAGCCUCAAGAGUUAAACAACUACAUCAUUGCAAUGCCGCCACCAGUUAGACCUCAUUUCACUGACAAAAAAAUGAAGAACUUUAUGGUUGUGAAGGCAGGGAACUCAGUUCGAAUCAACUUCAACUUUAAGGCUUCUCCAAUGCCAGUGAUCACAUGGCUCAAGGAUGGCUUGCCUCUACCCAAAUAUGUAACAGUGAGCAACACAGACACAUCAUCACAGCUAAUGAUACCCUCAUCGGAGCGCCAUGACACUGGAAUCUAUACAAUUGUUGUCAAGAACCUUGUUGGUCAGGAGACUUCCAGUGUUGAAAUAAGAGUCACAGAUGAUCCUAAGCCUCCAGGCCCUAUAGAACUUGAGGAAAAUGUGCCGGGAACAGUGACCAUUUCAUGGACUGCAUCUCCAGAUGAGAAGAAGGAUGACAGACUGCACUACGUGGUCGACAAGCAUGAUUCUGUUAAACACACUUGGCAUACUGUGGCUGAACAUCUCUUCAACAACAGGUUCACUGCUGUCAAUAUUAUGCCCGGAAGGCAGUACAAGUUCAGGAUCUAUGCCAAGAAUGACAUGGGGCUUUCUGCAGCGUCUGAGUCACCAAUCUGGGAAGUAAACAAAAAGAAAGAGAAAUUCUUUUUGAAACUUCAAGAUUCCAAGACCUAUACCCUUGAGACAUCUCCAUCAUUUUCUGUUCCUCUAAAAAUGCACCAAAGUCCUCAAAGAUACGAGUGCUACAUGAGUUGUGCUGUGACAGGAAACCCCAGACCCCAUGUUACCUGGUACAAAAAUAACAUCAGCCUCAACACCAACACUAACUACUACAUCACCAACACCUGUGGAGUCUGCUCCAUGCUAAUACUCAAUGUUGGGCCUAAAGACAGUGGGGAUUACACUGUUGUUGCAGAAAAUUAUCUGGGGAGAGUAGAGUGCUCAACAAAACUUGACGUGAAAGAUUAACAUGCUGGAGCAGUUCUGACCUUCUAUAGAGCCCCGCUGCAUCAAAAUCAAUGGAGAAAAUUCAUCAGUUUGAAGUCUGUCAACAUUGUUGAUUCUAUUUUAAGUGUGAAACAAUGUAAUGUAAUUAAAUCAAGUCUGAUAAAAUAAAACUGUAGCACUGAAAAAUAAAAAUUAAAAUCACAUAAAACUAGUAGCGUUAAAUUCAAGAAAUUCUACUUGGAGUGGACCUGAAGACAAAGACAACAGAAUAUUUGACAAUCACUCUCACCAAUAUGUAAUGCUAUUAAGAACAAAUGUUACCAUCUGGCAACAGUCUAAGCCACAGGUGUCAAACUCCAGUCCUGGAAGGCCACUGCUCUGCAACUUUUAGAUGUGCCUCUGCUGCACCACACCUGAAUAGAAUAACUAGGUUAUCAGCACGGCUCUGGAGAACGCAUCUACACAAGGAGGAGGUAAUUAAGCCAUUUCAUUCCAGUGUUUUGUACCUGUGGCACAUCUAAACACUGCAGUACAGUGGAGUUUGACGCCCCUGGCUAAGCUUUUCAGCAAGCCAAACAUAGCUUAGUGUCUUUGUUGUUGAUGAUGUGUUUUAGUAUUCUGUGAAAUGUGUUUUCCUUCAGUUAAAAUUCAUUUAAUUUUUGUGAAAUAAGUAAAAUUUGAAGUAUAUGAUCCUUUAUUACCAGCACUUUUACUCAUGUUAGCUUGUUUUCUCCAUGUUUUCAUCAACCAGAAUAUAGGACAUUUGAGCGCAAUGACCUGUUGAAAUAAA